CCCUAUUCAGUUCGCUAGGCUAUUGCUGCAUUCGUCGGCGAUACCGAAAGUUGUUGUCGCAAGGAAAGCUUGGUCUGCAAGUUAGGUACCGGCUUGGGGUAAACAGAGAUUUCUCAGAGAAGGGAAUCUCUGAUUGGAUUUAUUUGAGCACGGAUCUUGCUCGGUGAAAACAAAAUGAGUUGCACAGUGUUGUUCGUUUGUGUUGCUGUGGCUGUGGUCAGCGUACACGGACUGUACAGUCCAGGUGAUGAUGUCGUUGAGCUGACACCCAGCAACUUUCACAAGAGUGUCGUGGACAGCGAUGACUUGUGGUUUGUCGAGUUUUAUGCCCCUUGGUGUGGUCACUGUAAAUCUCUUGCUCCAGAGUGGAAAAAAGCUGCCUCAGCAUUGAAGGGUGUGGUCAAGCUGGGUGUGGUCAACGCGGACGAUCACCGGGGCCUGGGUGGCCAGUACGGAGUACAGGGAUUCCCCACCAUCAAAGUGUUUGGGGAGAACAAGUUCAAGCCCACAGACUUUCAAGGCGCAAGAUCAGCUCAGUCGAUCGUGGACAGUGCCCUGAGCACUUUGCAGAGCCUGGUCAGGUCUCGUCUCUCUGGGAAGAAGAGCGGUGGCGGCAGUGGUGGGGGAAGCAAGAGCUCCGGCGGUGGUUCAGGCUCCGGGGACAGCAACGACGUGGUGGAGCUGACGGACGGAAACUUCCAGAAGACGGUGCUGGAGAGCGACGACCUGUGGCUGGUGGAGUUCUACGCCCCGUGGUGUGGCCACUGCAAGAACCUGGCCCCCCACUGGGCCAAGGCCGCCACCGAGCUGAAGGGCAAGGUCAAACUGGGCGCUCUGGACGCCACCGUGCACACCGUCAUGUCCAACAGAUACGGGGUCCAAGGGUUCCCCACCAUCAAAAUGUUUUCCGGCGGAGAAGCCACGGAGUACGACGGAGGAAGAACGUCAGGCGACAUUGUCCGCUGGGCCAUGGACAAGCUGGCCGAGAACAUCCCUCCUCCUGAAGUCAAACAGAUCACAGACAAGUCGGUGCUGCAGGAGGCGUGCGACGACCACCAGUUGUGCAUCGUGUCAGUGCUGCCCCACAUCCUGGACUGCCAGUCGAAGUGCCGCAAGGACUACCUGGCCACCCUCACUCGCCUCGGAGAGAAAUACAAGAAGCAGAUGUGGGGAUGGGUAUGGGCUGAAGCUGGACAACAGCUGGAGUUGGAAUCCACACUGGACAUCGGAGGCUUUGGAUACCCGGCGCUGGCAGCUGUGAACUCCAGGAAAAUGAAGUUCUCUCUGAUGAGAGGCUCCUUCGGCGAGACUGGCAUCAACGAGUUCCUCCGCGAUCUGUCCUACGGCAAAGGGUCCACGUCUCCGCUGAAAAAUGCUAAAUUGCCGGAAAUUGCCAAAGUGGAAGCUUGGGAUGGAAAAGAUGGAGUGCUCGAGGUGGAAGAGGAUAUAGAUCUAAGCGACGUGGAUCUAGACGAUUUGGACAAGGAUGAGUUGUGAACUGACCAGUGAAACAUAUCGUCCCGUCUGAUAAACUGUAACAUCAUCACAACCAUCAGAACCGUUUCUGCCUUUUUGUGGACAUUGUCAUUCAGUUAUCACGUAUCAUGAGUUAUUUGUCAUUCUCUACUAUGCCUCAUCAGAUGAUCAGCUCCCGCUAGGUUUGAAGACAACGUAGUGCGUGCAAUUGUCCAGUUUUGCUGACUGCUCCUGUGGUAUUUUUUUAACAACCUCGUUAUCUUGGAAAGAGUGAGAAAGCAUUUUGUUUGUAGCUAUAGUGUUGUGGAUUUAUCCGUUUUGAUUGUUGAUGCUCAAUGAAUGAAAUGAACAAAAUUGUCCCUGGACGCGGCCCCAACCGUCCAUAAUCCACCUGACAUAAGGUUUUUAUUUUCUGAGGAGAACUGGUUUUCACCUUUUUUUUAAAAUUUAAAAAAAAGUCAGUUUUGACAGUGUUGCUUUUGUAAAGCCAUUCUCAUUUCAAGGUGUCUUUUGUAACCAUGAUCAUGACGUGUGCUGAUCCUGGUUUUUGGGGGGUUUUGUUUUUUUCUUACAUGGUCUCUAUUUGCUUUGCGUGUAAACAUUUUAUUUUGCGAGCGGGUUAAAGUAAAGAUUCAUUUACCAUGGUUGGACUUGAAGUAUUUCGGGAGGCACAGUGGCACUUUUUGUUCAUAUUGAGAGUGUCUGCUGGUGGGGCGGGGCGGGUGAGUGCUGAGUGCCAGAUGGAUGGGCCUCUUUUUCCCCCUCAAUGAUAUUGAUUAGGAUGCUCUUAUUGAAGGCGUUAAGUGUGGUAAUAAUUCUAUUUUUGUCUUUUGUUUCCUGUCUUUAUUGUCUUCCUAUUUUUCUGUUUUGACUUUGCGUUUGAAUUGCUCCUGCACGGUAUUAAAAAACGAAUCUGCUCGGAUGAACUGUUGUUUGUCGUAUUGUAGAGCUCCCCUUGAAAAUGUUAGCUUGUGGAAACUGCUGUGAGUUUGUAUCUUCUCUUAUUGGGGCGAGCAAGUUUGUGAAUGCAGGUAUAAUAUUUGUAGUUGUGCGCUAGCUUUAUAUUUAUCAAGGCUUAUAUAUAAUGCAUGUUAAAUCUUUUUUUUUUUAAAUGUUUUUUAAAAUUUUAAUUUUUUGAAAUGAUGAAGAGUGUGUACGUGUGGAGGUUUUGUUGAAAGGAAUUCUGCUGCAGGUUGACGUCAUAGACGGUGGGUUGAAGAGAAAGAUUCUCAUAAGUUUUGAGCUUUUAUCUGGGAAUGCACAAAGUUGACUUUAUUUUUAGUGUGAAUCUAGAGGUAGUCUGUCUCGUCUCCCUUGUUUUGUUAGGGACACACCUGAUUUUUCUACUCCUCCAUGGUUUUGUGAGGUCAGCUUGUCAGGUAAAAUGAAUUCUGUUAUUAUUGUUUGGAAAAAAGAAAGUAAUCAAUGAAAGAUGGUGGAAUUGUAAAUUAAAUUGAACAAGAAAAAAGAAUGAAAGUUAUUAAAAAAAGAGUAUCUGUAACAAUUUCUUUGAAAAUUUGUUAUGUCAUUUUUAAAAAUUUGGUGUUCAGGUGUAAUGCUGUUCACGGAGACUUGAAAGUAUGCGCGUGGUGUGGGGAUUGUGUGAAAUCCAUGCGGAUGUCGUUCAUUAGUAAAUGACUGAUUUCCUUUCAGUCUGGCACUGGACCAGUUGUGUGUGUGUGUUUUACUACCAUAAUAUGAUUCUUGUUGUUGUGGGAAUGUGUUGGCUUUCUCUCACUGAUGUAUUGAUGAAUAAAAUUGUUUAAAAUAAAAAUGC